AUGCGAGCACCCUCGAUGCUAGCGAGCUGCCUGGCUACCAGCAUCCUUGCCGUUGCGUUGUUGCCGACUGCGCUGGGCAAAGCGGUAGACUUGACGUCGACGAAGGAUUUCGACGCCUUUGUAGCGCUCAAGCAGCCAGCCCUGUUGGAAUUCUUUGCUCCCUGGUGUGGGCACUGCAAGAAGCUAGCGCCUACCUACGACGAGCUAGCAGCCGCUUUCGGAAACGAUGGCAAAGCGUCUGCUACGACCAAGGUGACGAUUGCCAAGAUCGAUGCGGACAAGAAUAGGGAUUUGGGAAACAGGUUCGCAAUCAAAGGUUUCCCUACGCUCAAAUGGUUCGAUGGAAAGGACAUUGACAAGCUGGAAGACUAUGGAGGCGCAAGGGAUCUCGACACGCUGGCCAAGUUCGUUGAGGAAAAGACGGGAAAGAAGAGCAACAUCAAAUUACCACCCCCGCCUGUCGCUGUUCAACUCGGCAGGGACAAUUUCGACAGGAUCGUCCUCGAUGACUCUAAGCACGUGCUCGUCGAGUUGUGAGUGUCGCAGUUUCUCGAUGAACUUGCACGUACGUCUCACGCGCGACCGCCUAUGCGUCCCUACCUUCCCACACUCCAGCUACGCUCCGUGGUGCGGACACUGUCAAAAGCUGGCGCCCAUCUACGAGCAGGUGGCAAAGGACUUUGAGAAUGAAGAGGAUGUCGUCGUAGCGCAGAUGAAUGCCAACGAUCCUGCCAACAAUGACAUUGCGGUCAAGCACGGAGUGUCCAGCUAUCCAACCAUCGUCGUGAGUAGCAGUCUGAUCCAUCUCACCGCCUCACUUCCGUUGUGCACACUCACCAAAUCUUCCUCACUCGCGCGACCGCCCAUCAGUUCUUCUCAAAGGACAACAAGGAAGGCGUGCUGUACCAAGGCGGUCGCGAUGAAGACUCCUUCGUCAAAUUCCUCAACGAUAAGGCCUCCACCUUCCGUACCGCCGGUGGCAAGCUGUCCGAAUUGGCAGGCAGACUGCCCAUUCUGGACAGCAUAGCUACCAGAUUCUUCAAUGCCCCACUGGGAGAAAAGAGGCGCGACAUCGUCUUUGAAGCUUUGAACAUGCUGGAAGAUUUGAAAAAGAGACCCAACACGACCAAGGCCAAGGAAGCUGCUGCGGACUACUACAUGAAGGUGAGUGCACGUUGGGCAGAAGUAUGGAGCGCUGUGCGCGCGCGUUGUUGACCUUCCUACUGAUGCUUGGCACGCUCUGUAGGUGAUGGACAAGGUGACGCUGAACCCGUCCUACGUGGAGAAAGAGACCAAACGACUCUCUACGCUCCUCUCCAAGCACACGUCCGGUGCCGCAGCUCUGGCAUCUAGCAAAGUAGACGAGAUCACGCGCAAGGUCAAUGUGCUAGGAGCUUUCAGAAAGAUUCCGGAAGAGAAUCUAAAGAGGCUCGAAGAGGUUGCGAAGCAGGCCAAGGAGAAGAUGCAGCAGGCUGCCAAGGAGGCUGGGAUGAAAGAACCUAGCACGGCUGAAAAGGUGCAAAACAGUGCAGAGGAGGCUGCGCAGCAGGUAAAGGAGAAGGUGGUAGGUCACGCUCACGAAGAGCUCUGA